AUGGCUUAUGUCUUCAUUUUCAUGAUUUGGUUUGCCUCAUCUUCAGCAAUCUCGCAAAAUUAUUGCUGAUCAUACAAAUGCAAAGAUAGUGAAAUGGGUUGAGAUACUCUUACCUGCGUCUAUUCUUCAAUUUUUCAAUCCACUUAUUUUUUAAACCCCUGCUCUUAUCCUUUUUAUUGCCCUUUAACUCAAGCUAGCCAACAAAAUAUAACCUGCAUAGAAAAGCAGGCUGAUCAGUACGAAUCAUACCCAGGAGAACCUUGCAACCAAGCAACUGAUUGUGCUUAUGGGAAUUGUGUAACGAAUAAAUGUGUGGGAUCCUUAAGAUCUGAGUCUUGCUCAUCUCAUAAUAUAAAAAUGGCUUUGGAUAAAAAGGAAGUUUGAUUUUUUCACGUGGACUUCUGCCAAGAGGGAAAAAAGGCAGAGCCCUUAGAAGAGCCAGCGCUGGAGGAAAGCUGGAUAGAGCAAGGCAAAGCGCCAAACCACUAGAGUUCCUGGACUUCUGGGAUGCCGAAUGCCUUCAGGGAGACUAGAAAGAGCGAGCCGGAUGUGAGGCCCAACAUGAAUUCGAAAGUAACGAGAAGACGCAGAAAAAUAAGGUCUAACCGCCUUGCGUAACUAGAGGUCUAGCGUUGGCAGGUUUUAGCUAAUUUUUUGUUUUUUUUACGUAUUACUCAUCUCAUGCAGAUUGUGAUGUAAGUCUUCGAUGCUAUAAAAAUAGAUGCACAUCUUUAAUUAAAGCUGGGGAAACGGGAUGCACAAGUGAUUAUGACUGCUACCCAAAUUCUGGAUGCAAUAUUAUAGGUUUUACAGGGACCUGCAUUGAAUAUUUUUCUUUGCCGUCUGGAUCUUAUAUAUCAAGCUGCUCAAGAAGUAAGCAGGCAGGUUUUAAUUAUUUAUGCAGCUCAGGUGUCUGCUUAAUGGGGUCAUUUUUUACAAGUAUAGGAACUUGUAUAGAUGCUCCGGUUUCAAAGCAGAUAAACCCUCAGAUUUGUAGUGCUGAUAGUGAUUGUGCUGGAAGUACAUCCUCUUACCAGUUUACUUCGACAUGCACAUGUGGAAUGAAUCCUUACGGGACUUCUUAUUGCCAACCCUUUUAUGGAGACACUCCAUAUCUUAGUUACUUUGCUUUAUUAAAAGACUUUAUGAAUUCUUCAGCACUCGAGAACUGCAAUACAUUAAGAAGAUUUAAUGAAAAUUGCUGAAAAUUAGCUAAUGAGUCGGAGUCUUUAAUUUCAGCUAAAUUUUUGGCUGAAAAUUACCCACUGCUGCAAAACAAUGAUGAUUGCACAGAAAUAAUUUAUUUUAAGGACUACUAUGGAAUUGAAGAAAAUGCUGUAAAACUCCCAUUGAGCAUAAUUGUCUUUGUAAUAAUAAUUUAA